UGUACUCAGUCUAUUCAAAUAAGGAAUAAAAAAUCAAACCAGCACAGUAUUCGAUAAGCAGUAAAAAUAAUUAAUGUUGUCUUGAAAAUUAUCAGAUAAGAAAUCUCUGAACCCUUAUCGAACAGACAAGUAAAUUUUGGGAAUCCCUUUAAUCAAAAAUACUAGCGUAGUAAAAAGUCCCUGUAUCGCUUCGAAGCAGACUAAUAGUUAAAAAAUGUAAUAAAAUUAUAUUUUGUUAUUUUAUUUUUAUUAAAUUUAUUAUACGAAUAAAUUUACAAAGUACGAAAACAAGAACAAUUAUCAUGAAAAAAUUAUGAUGAUGAUUUAAUCUUUAGAUGCUCACAAUUCAUAUUUUUAUUUAAUGUUUUAAUUUCCCACCAUUAAUAAGGAUAAUUAUAAUCCUAUAUGUAUUCCUAUAAGGUCGUAUUAAAAUAUAGAAUAUAUACAAUUAGUACCAGCAGUAAACGUUUAUAGCUUGACGAUAACGAUGAUCGUUAUUCAAAUUGCACUAUUGCAACCUACAGCCAUAACAAAACAACGAAAUAGCUUUAAGUUGUUAGGAAAGUCAAAUUUCAUAAUGAACUUCUAGGGAGAGAACUUUUUGAUUGUUUCAUAAGGUAUUUUGUUUAUAUUUAACUAUAAAUGACCUCGUGAGCUCAAGCUUGGCAAGCUCAAGAUAAACGCAAUAGCACUGUGAUGUUUUCCAUGUCUGCAAUGAACUCCGGAAACCGUUUAAAACCACAGCAGUUCGUGUGCUCAUUAUGAGCAAAAAAACUGGUACGUGUGUACGUACGUAUGUAGUAAUGUAGAGUAGUAGUUUUCAUUUUAGCAUCCAUAAUGCAAUUUUUGCUUUUUACUGAGUCGGCGGCAGUUCAAUUUGCAUUCGAGAGGAUUCGAUAAAAUGGUGGAUAAAAUGACACUUGAAACUUGUUUAAUCUGAAUUGGUUUUUGCAGCAGAGAGUCAUAAAUUAUAAUCAUAGAUAAUAAAUAAUAAACAAACAUUAUGACUCAUAAUGUUUGUUUAUUAUAGUUAAAAGUUGACCAGAGGCUAUCCACCAAAUGUCUAUAUAGAGUGCUCCAAUACUUUGGUCAUAUAGCAAGAAAACCCUCUGACGACCUGGAGAGACUCAUAGUGACGGGUAAAGUGGAUAGAAGACGAUCCAGAGGUCGUAGCCGAAAAAGAUGGAGUGACCAAGUGUCUGAGUAUCUGGACAUGAGACUGAGCCACGCACUUCACUGUGCCACUGACCGACAUAAGUGGCUAAAAAUUACAAAAAAUGGUCACAGGCGGGCGCAUCACGAUGCUCAGCUAUGAGCGAUCGACUGAAGGAGGAGGAGGAUUAGAUAAAUUAAUUUUUAAUUUGGUACAUUCUACUAAUUCAAUUUAGGUACACUAGUGGAUUAACAAGACGAUAAUAAAUUUACAAGUAUGGUCUUUCCUCUAAUUUGAAAUAUUUUAGUCACUUGAAUCUACUCAAAAAUAAACUGGAUAUUUAUCUACAAAAUUAGAACAACGACCUUCACAUUUUUUAAUAAUGAAGGCCCAAAACGCAAUCUUUAUUACCAUUCAAUUGAAUCUUAAGACAGCAAACAAAUCUCGCAAAGAACGAAAGAUAAGACAACACUGUUUAGUAUUUUUUUAAUUCCGAAACAAGAUAAUCGAAUCGAAAAUAUACAUAUUAUUAUUAUUUGUCCUGACUCACUGAAUGAUUCAUUCUCGAAAAACCUAAGCCGCUAGGGUUAAAACUUUAAAAUUUGGCAGUCAAUUUGACAUUUAUGUUGAAAGGAGUCAAUUCGAAUUCGCUAAGGGAUUUUCGAAAUUUCACUCCUAAGUGGGUAAAAUAAUAGAUGAACCAUUUACUGGUUAUGCCGUGAAGCAGAAAGGCGUUCGGUAAAAUGGUGGGGCAGCAACAGAUAGUAUAUCUUUUAAAAGUUCUUUUUAUAUUUUUCGACUGCUCAAAAUCGGUCGAUCGGUCGGAAAUAAAAAUAUUUAUAAAAAAAUUCUUUCUAUAAAUAAACGGCAUAUUUAUAAAUAAGCGGCAAUUAUACAAAAGUUAUACAAAACGGAAAAGACAUGAUUUUAAGCGUUACAGGUAAAACGUCAACCGUUACGUGGAUUUUAUUUCUAAAUCCAAAUUUUCAGUUACAUUUUUUUUAUUGUGCGUAUACAUAGGUAUGAGCACGAAAAACACAAACAAUACAUGAUUCACACGGAACCCUCAGUUCGCGAGUUUCAAACGCCCUUGUCCGGCUUUCUUAAUAAGCAAAGACAUGUAGACAAUCACACUACCGUCAAUCCUAAAUGAUUACCGCAGCAAAGACAUUUACAAAUUAAAUUCUGACGCACACUUAAUACUCUUAAGAGUUAUGUAAUAUCUAUUUACUACCUAUUAAUCGAUGUCUAUCCUAUACCUUAUUGUCCGAACUCAAAUUUCACGGCAGAUAGGAGUCAGUCAGAAGUAAACAGCCCCUGAGGGGUUACGGUUGUGCUACCGUGAUUAUAAUUACCUAAUUUUACUCACAGUAGCACAACCGAUGCGGGAACAGUGUGCUUAGUGCGAGUUUUUUAACGUUCUCGAUAGCGUAAAAGUUAGCUCAUAUUUGUAUGGAAUGGCACACAGAAAAUUUUGGGAGGAAGAGGGUAAUUAAGAAAUGGGCACUUCUACUACAAAUAGGAGUAUGUUUAUUAGAAUUAGAUUAAGAGGUGGUUAUCGCGUACGAUUAUCUCCUGAUGACUAGUCGGACAGACAACUAUCAGUAAAGAUGUUACUCUCAAUUUGUAGAACGCUUGCCCUACACUUGAAAACAGAAUGUGUGCGCGCAGCGAAGAUACGGCACGGCGACGGUAAUUAGCGGUGCGGAUCCCUAACAUCAGUAAUUACGCAAAUUCUAAUUUGUUUACUUACUAUGAAGUUCCACCAUAUUAUGGUAUGUGAACAUGUGUAACCCAGAGACGUGUUUGCUUUGAAAAAAAACCAGGAUUUAAACUGGAUACGAUACGAUACGAGUACACUGAGUGCGUUACUGAUUGAGCUAUAUAUGUUUUGAUAUACCCUACUACCAUUACUGGCAAAUUUAAUAAGAAAUAAGGAUAAAAAAUAGGAGGUCUCCGUGUGCCCACAACCUAACGUUUUCCAGACUGUAAAUAAAUGAUAUCGCUAACAUCAAAUUAUUUACUCCGAUUGAAACCAGACAUUGUUCAAACAAGAUAGAAAUGAGAUUUGUAUUUUAUUUUAUGUAUCUAAUCAGGUCUAUCGGGAAUAUAAUUGAUGAGUCAAAUAUUUUUAAAGGAAAUUAAUGAUGUAAAUUCAGGGGAUUUUAUGCAUUUCUUUCAAAAUAACUUAUGCCCAAUAAAAAUACGUGGACAAAUCAAAUCGACCUGAUAAACGUAAUCUGAAGAUUAUAACAGUAUCAUAUUGAUAAAUUCAUUCAGUCGCUUAAUAUAAAAGCAAGUGACGGAAAUAUUAAUUAUGAUUUGUUUGUUUUGUAACAAUAAAACUUACAGAAUGAAAUUGCUAAUUGUCCUCGCACUCAUUGGAGCGGCGGCCGCCGCAUCAAUCAAACCCGUCCAAAUCGCGGAUAUCCCAAUACCGAAAUACGAAAGCAUCGACGCUGGAAUGUACAUCAUCCCCGACGAAGUCAUUCAAGAACUCGCCUUGGCCGGGAUUGAAUUGAGCGAAAAUGUAGACAACGUUGCGAUUUUUGACAUUGAAAUUCCCGUUGACAACGUCGAUUUCCCUGUUGAUUCUGUAAACUUCGUAGAAAAUGUCGAAGCUCCAGUUGAGAAUGCCGAUUUCCCGGCUGACUCUGUAAGCUUCGUAGAAAACCUCGAUGCUCCAGUUGAGGACGCCGAUGUCCUGGCUGAUUCUGUAAACUUCGUAGACAACGUCGAUGCUCCAGUUGAGGACGCCGAUGUCCCGGCUGAUUCUGUCAGCUUCGUAGACAACGUCGAUGCUCCAGUUGAGGACGCCGAUUUACAAGUCGCCCCUGUGAACAUCGUGGAUGAACCAGUUGAAAAGACGAAUGAGGAAAUCGAGAAUGACAGUGAAGUUGGCUCGAUCAGCUGGGUUGAAUAUCCUGCUGAAUUGGACGAAGAUGGAAACGGACUUGUUAUUGUUGAUCUACCUAUUGAGGCACAACCCGAAGAUUUAGAGAAAGCCCAGCUUGUUGACCUUCCCGUCGAAAAUGUCGCUGAACCAGAAGACUUAAGCCCUGUUCAAGUAGUUAACCCCAUCGUUGAGAACAGUCAAAGUGAAUACCCCGGCAAAAGAUACCCGGACGCUACAUGGCGAUAAAUUAUAUAUUUUUCAAGUUUUUAUCUGAAUUAGAACAUUUACAUUCAUAAUUUUUCUGUAUUUAAUAAAUAACAUUUCUUAUAUAAGUAAUUAAUUCUUUUAUACUUUUUUACUAAAAGUUUGUGUAUCCUUCAAACUAUUCCUGAACCUUGUAAAUGCGCAAUUCGACUAGUUUUUGUGUCUUAACGUAAGCAACUUUAAAACAUUAUUUUAAAAUUUAAUUUUUGGAUUGUCAAUGACAAAGUUUAUAUUUGUUUGAUACAAAAUAAAAUCAAGUAGUUAAUAAA